UGCUGAGGCAUCUUACCGUGGGAAUCUAAGGGUAAAUAGCUUCACACCAACAUUGAACCACAUGUUGACAUAGUAUAAGUGUGGUUCUCAAUUGAUUAAUUUUACACUUGUUGAUAACCCGUCUAACUGUAAGGAUCACUAUUUUUAUAUGAAACUGGACAAAUAUGUUUGAAAUGGACAUUCACGAUAGAGAGAAUAAUUCAAUGGAAGAAAAACUGUCAAGAAAGAGUAAAAAGCCAUUGAUGGAGAAGCGAAGAAGAGCCAGGAUUAAUAACUGCUUGCUUCAGCUCAAGUCACUUGUCUUACAAGCAAUGAAGAAAGAUGCUACACAUUACUCAAAACUGGAAAAAGCUGACAUUUUGGAAAUGACCGUGAAAUAUCUUCGUUCUAUGCAAAGACGACAGAUAACCUCUGCCAUGGCUUCCGAUCCAACAGUUGCCGCAAAAUAUAGUCUCGGAUACGCUGAAUGUGCGAGUGAAGUCGCGCGAUAUCUCGGAGCCAGUCAAGGAAUUAACGACAAUGUAAGAAAUCGUGUGAUGAAUCAUAUUUCUGGCUGUACUCAAGGCUCAACUGCUGGACAUGUCAAUAAUGGACAAAUACCUCUACAACCUUUACAUGUGCAAAUUCCACAGAACGGACAUGACGUCAUGUCAUUACCUUCGGAACGUCUGCUUAUACAGUUUCCCGAACAAACUAGUGACUAUACACAUCCGCACAGUGCUUAUUCCGUGCCGCAUUCAGACUAUCGUUCCGAGUCAAAAACAUUUGAACCAGUUUUAUUACAAAAUGGACAUAUGAUGACCCCACAUUCAAAACAAAAUAGUUUACCUUCGCAUCAUCUGAAAUGUGAUGUGUAUUCAAAUCAAAGUAAAUUUAUGGACCUUAUUCGAGACUCGAGAUUAGACAAUAAAAGUGCUCUGUCUGAAUCUAUUUGUUUUAAAAUGGAAAUGUCUCGCCACCGCUCUAGUCCUUCAACUUCAUCUUCUUUAAGUGCAUUGAAAGAUGAACCAGUAUGGAGACCUUGGUAACCGCUAUACUAGCUCGAUCUUUACAUCGAAACACGAUUUUUACAUCGAAACUUUUUUUUUACAUCGAAACUUUGAAGUGCUUUAAAGACAUUUAUAUUUUUGUUAUGCUAUUGUGAUGUUUACUGCUGAAAUAAAUAACAUUAAAUAUG